AUGCCGAGCGCAACAGCCUCGGGUGCCGACGCGGGCGGCAGCGGCGCCCGCAGCCGCGAGCACAACCAGGGCAACCAGGGUCGGGCGUACACUGCAGAUCAAAAGGCGGCGGUGCUGCGGAUCCGCAAGUGCUCGCCGACGGCCUUUUACGACAUCCUCGGCCUUGAGGAGGUGAAGACGACCGUCACCGAGAGCGAGAUCAAGAAGGCGUACCGCAAGCUGUCGCUGCUGACGCACCCGGACAAGAACGGCCACGAGAACGCCGACGAAGCCUUCAAGAUGGUCAGCCGCGCCUUCAGCGUGCUGGGCGACAAGGAGAAGCGCGAGAAGUUUGAUCGCUUCGGCACGGACCCGGACUCUCGGUUCGGGCAGGCGCAGGCGCAGAACCCGUUCGGCGGGUUCGGCAGGCGGCAAGGAGGAGGCGGCAGCGGCGGAGGUGGAGGAGGAGGCGGCGGCGGCGGCAUGGAGGAGAUGACGCCCGAGGAGAUGUUCCAACGCUUCUUCGGGGGCGGCGGGUUCGGCGGCGGCGGUCCGUUUGGAGGUGGCUUCGACACAGGACCCCAGUUCGUCUUCAACUUUGGCGGCGGACCGGGCUUCAGGGUGCACCAGUUCGGCGGGGCGCGGCCGCGGAGGAGGCCCCGCGAGGCGACGGAGCAGCAGGGCGGCGGGCUGUCGACGCUCAUGGGCCUGCUGCCCAUCCUGCUCCUCUUCGUGUUCCCGCUCAUCUCGAGCCUCUUUAGCGGCGGCGGGCCGGCGGCGCCGAGCAUCGUCUACGACGGGCCCAAGGGGGCCAACACGCUGGGCCGGACGACGCCCAAGCUCAACGUCAAGUAUUUCGUCAACCCCAAGGAGGUCGAGGGCUUCACCAAGGGCAAGCUCAGCCAGCUGGACCAGACGGCCGAGAACAACCUGGUGCGGACGCUGCGGUUCGAGUGCGAGAACGAGCUGAUGGCGCGGCAGCGCAUGUACGACUCGGCGAGCGGCUGGUUCUUCCAGGACCCGGAGAAGAUGCGCCAGGCCGACGCGUUCGAGAUGCCGUCGUGUAAGAGGCUGGAGACGUUCCGCGUGGGGAGGUCAUGA